UAUCCGCCGAAUGUGAUGAAGCUGCCUUGCUUCCCUGCUCCGCUCGCUGCCAGCUGACAGCGCCUGUACCCAGCCCGCCCGAGAGGGGAGACGCCACGGGGCCGUGACCUUGGCCGGGGAGGGCAGACUGGUAAUUCCUGUAUCUGAGAACCAACUGCGUUUUGGGUGACAUGGCCCAGGGGAAUAAUUAUGGGCAGACCAGCAACGGGGUGGCAGAUGAAUCACCAAACAUGCUGGUGUACAGAAAGAUGGAAGAUGUCAUCGCACGAAUGCAAGAUGAAAAAAAUGGAAUUCCCAUCCGCACUGUCAAAAGUUUUCUGUCCAAGAUCCCGAGCGUCUUCUCUGGGUCAGACAUUGUUCAAUGGUUAAUAAAGAACUUAACUAUAGAAGAUCCAGUGGAGGCACUCCAUUUGGGAACAUUAAUGGCAGCCCAUGGCUACUUCUUUCCCAUCUCAGAUCAUGUCCUCACACUUAAGGAUGAUGGUACCUUCUACCGGUUUCAAACACCCUACUUUUGGCCAUCAAAUUGUUGGGAGCCAGAAAACACAGACUAUGCUGUUUAUCUCUGCAAGAGGACAAUGCAAAACAAGGCAAGAUUGGAGCUAGCAGAUUAUGAGGCUGAGAGCUUGGCCAGGCUGCAGAGAGCAUUUGCCCGGAAGUGGGAGUUCAUUUUUAUGCAAGCAGAAGCCCAAGCAAAAGUGGACAAGAAGAGGGACAAAAUUGAAAGGAAGAUCCUUGAUAGCCAAGAGAGAGCAUUCUGGGAUGUACACAGACCUGUGCCUGGUUGUGUAAAUACUACCGAAGUGGACAUUAAGAAGUCAUCCAGGAUGAGAAACCCCCACAAAACACGGAAGUCUGUCUAUGGUUUACAAAAUGAUAUUAGAAGUCACAGUCCAACCCACACACCCACAGCUGAAACAAAGCCUCCAACAGAAGAUGAGCUGCAUCAACAGAUAAAAUAUUGGCAAAUACAGUUAGAUAGACACCGGUUAAAAAUGUCAAAAGUCGCUGAUAGUCUACUCAGUUAUACGGAACAAUAUGUAGAAUAUGAUCCAUUUCUUGUUCCACCUGACCCUUCAAACCCAUGGCUGUCAGAUGACACUACUUUCUGGGAACUUGAGGCAAGCAAAGAACCGAGCCAACAGAGGGUAAAGAGAUGGGGCUUUGGCAUGGAUGAGGCGUUGAAAGACUCAGUUGGGAGAGAGCAAUUCCUUAAAUUUCUAGAGUCAGAAUUCAGUUCAGAAAACUUGAGAUUCUGGCUAGCAGUGGAGGAUCUCAAGAAAAGGCCUAUUCGAGAAGUGCCCUCUCGAGUUCAGGAAAUAUGGCAGGAAUUUCUGGCUCCUGGAGCUCCCAGUGCCAUUAACUUGGAUUCUAAAAGUUAUGACAAGACAACACAGAAUGUGAAGGAACCGGGACGGUACACAUUUGAAGAUGCUCAGGAGCAUAUUUACAAGCUGAUGAAAAGUGACUCCUAUCCACGUUUUAUAAGAUCGAGUGCCUAUCAGGAGCUCCUACAGGCAAAGAAAAAGUCUGGAAAUUCAAUGGAUCGCAGAACAUCUUUUGAGAAAUUUUCACAGAAUGUGGGCAGAAACAUCCCUAUUUUCCCAUGCCAUAAAAACUGUACACCAACACUGAGGGCCAGCACUAACCUGUUAUGA